GUGGAACCAGCUGGACCUGGCCAUAGUGUUGUUGUCCAUCAUGGGCAUCACUCUGGAGGAGAUUGAGGUCAACGCAUCCCUGCCCAUCAACCCUACUAUCAUCAGAAUCAUGAGAGUGCUAAGGAUAGCACGAGUGCUGAAGCUACUGAAGAUGGCAGUGGGGAUGAGAGCGUUGCUGGACACUGUCAUGCAGGCUCUGCCUCAGGUGGGGAAUCUGGGUCUCCUCUUCAUGCUGCUCUUCUUUAUCUUCGCAGCACUGGGAGUGGAACUGUUUGGUGAUCUCA